CAUCAGUCCCCGCGCAUAAUGGGCUACAACUGACCCGAAAACUGCCGCAGAACAGUAUUUUCAACGUUGUUGACCACUGAACAAAGAAAAUAAACGCAAAGAUCAAGCACUUCAUGAUGUCUCUAUCCGACCACACACAAGACCUAAUAACCUCCCUCGCAAAGGCGAAGCUAGUCCCAGGAUCAGCAGCUGGUCUCAUACCGGAGAACUUCACCCCGACAACCCAGUUGGGCGUCUCUUUCGCGGGAAAGGCCGUGGAAGUGGGCAACUUCUUCUGCGCAGGCGAGUGCAAGCAGCCACCGUCAAUCUCGUUCGCGGCUGAACCUGAUGCAUUACCCAAGAUGUCCUACACACUUAUCUUGGCUGACCCCGAUGCACCAACCCCAGAUGAUCCCAAGUUCGCCUUCUGGCGGCAUUGGGUAGUGCCUGGGCUGCAUCCGCUGAGUGGCGAGAAUACGGUUGUCGCUGAGACAAAGCCGGCGUUGACUGCAUACCUUGGCCCUGGGCCGAAAGAUGAGUCCAAGCCCCAUCGAUACCUCUUCCUCCUGUUCAGGGAGCCAGAAAGUCUAGAUCUUUCCAAAGAAGAUGUUGGUGGCGAGGAGUUUGUGCAGAGGCGGUCUUUCAAACCUGCUGAGUUUGCGGAGACGCAUGGUCUGCGCUUGGUUGCCGCGAACUGGAUGACCUGCGCUGGCGAUGGGUGGACGGAAUGAUCCCUGGUUCCUGAAAGGUACUUGAGUCUUGAGGCUAUAAAAAGCGAUGGCAUACUGUGCUCAUUGAGAAUUUAUCUAAUUAUCCGAGCUCAAAGCAUGAAAUGACACCGAAAGACUUCUGUAAUGGAGCCAACAUGUAGCUAGUGUUGUCAUGAUGAGCAGUAGCUCGCCCCCCAACCACUUUGGCUUGUCAUACAAGUUCUCAUGCAAGUCGCCAGGUAUGGUCGCAUCAAAAUAAGAGUCGGAUUAUAUAUAAUCUCUAGAAAGGCC